UGGUCAAGCCAUCUAAAUAUUUGACGACAAAUUUAUUUGGAAAAUGUCUAGGAUCGGCACGAUUCAUGAAGACAUCACGACAGAUGUAAUCGGAGUGAUAGGACCCUGGCAGUGGCUGGUGACUAUCAUGUGUACCAUCUGCAUGGUCAUCCCAGCCAUGAACCAAUACGCAGACGCCUUCCUCCUGCAGCCGACAGCAGAAUGUAUAGAACCACGGAGUAACGCCUCGCUAUGUGAGUUUGGGAACAAAACAACUCGAGAGAAGUGUACAAGGUGGCAAAUAAAUUUCCUAGAACUCGUUUGGAUUAGGAAGUCGUGGCUUAUGUUUUGCGACCCCAAAGUAAAAAUAGUCUCUACAAGCGUCAUAUCGAGACUAGGAUCAAUAUUCGGCUGCGUUAUUUUCGGACUUAUUUCGGACAGCUUCGGAAGGAAGUGCAGUAUGUGGAUAAGCUACGCGGCGGAGGUGGGUUUCCGGGUGGUGAUGGUAUUCUGUGACUCCGAAGUGUGGUUUCAGUUGCUGGUUUUCUUGAGGACACUGUUCUCGCAGGCUAACAUAUUUAUGGCAUUGAUAUUAGUAUGUGAAAUAGCGAGUAACGAAUGGCGGACGCGGUUGAACGUGAUCGCCAUACUGCCUCAAACUCUCGCUGCAGUAUGUCUGGUGUCCGUGGCCAAUCUUGUACCCAAUGAGACGUUCGAUUUUUUAGUAGCUGUAUGCAGUGUGCUGGUACUAAUAUUACUCAGAUGGAUCCCCGAAUCACCUGCAUGGCUUUUGUUCGAGGGAAAAGUUUCGAAAGCCGAAAGGAUUUUGUCGAAAGCAGCUCAGAUGAAUAAAAAAUAUUUAGACAGCGAUUUUCAAAUAAAACCUGUGGAUCAGGAGGCCUACAUUGUGUUGGAUGAAAUUCGCGACUGCAUGAAACUUUGCACAAAAUAUAAUGUGCGAUCAUUAGUCAUUGUAACCAUAGCAUUUUGGUGUCUCUACUAUUUCAUUUGGAACAGCCUGUACAUAAGAGUGUUUUAUGACAAAAAAGACCGCAAUAUCAUAUUAAAAGUAUUGUGUUUAGUGUUAGGAAUGAUGUGCCUAAAUAUAAGUUUAAUGAAGAAACUUAAUUUAAGGAAAUUGCUUGUUAUGAAUCUGGUUAUAAUUGUGUUCUUGGAAACUUUUCUUCUGCUCGUUCAUCUUAGUAUUUACCAAGAAACCACGGUCGAUAUAAUGCUGUGGACGGCGUUAUCUUGCGGUGUGAUGGUGCAAGCGAUCAUACUGAAUAUCACACCUCGACUGCUGGCCACUCACGUCCGAGCUACACUCCUCGGGUUUUGUCACUCGGCUGGUCACCUCGGCGCCAUUUUGUCCUCCAUUGUUAUACUAUUGAAUGCCAUUGAUAGCAUCUCCCUAAUGAUCGCGAAUAUUGUGCUGAGCAUCGUCCUGCUAUGCCUGUGCUACAUGCUGCCAGACGUCGAUGGGAGAGAGUUACCUGACGUCAUACAAGACAUGGAUUACUAUUCGGAGUCAUCCAAACCAUUGCGGUGGGCGGCUCACAAGAACUCAUCCUCAUCACACGAGGAGAUACAAAUCAGGGUACACUCGUACCCGAGCACCAACCGUAACUCCUCUGCAGAGAGUCGGCCUCGCAGCUUGCCACCCAGAAGAAUUGGGAACAUACUAAGAGCGGUCUCUGAUCUGAUAUGGUGGUUACGAAAUUAAA